CGGACGCCGACCUGGUCGACUAAAUUCAAUUCCGGGGCGGAUUGUGGUCCCUCUGCAUUCCCUCCAAUGAUGAGCAAUUGAACCUCGUAGUUCUCUGUGCUCUCUGACGCCUCCCCACCAAAGCCGACGGCCACGCACUGCCGCCCGCGUCCCCGAUCAGGCCAGAUCGUCGCAUCCAGUGACGCUGUGGCCAGCCGCCGUGAGAGACAGACCUAUCCCAGUGCUUACUAUUGAUUCCCCGUUCACCCUCCCCACGACUAAUCAUGCCCCGUCGAAACCGGGUGGUGUCGUCCUUGCUGGUGCUGGCUUGUGCCAGUUCCACAGCCUGGGCUAGCAAAAAGGAAUUUAACAUCCAUGACGACUUGCUAGCAGUUCCCCAAUUCGAAGUCCGCUUCCCCGACGAAUACGUCCUCGAAUCCCAGGCCCGAGACCUUCUACAGCAGCGUCAUGACAGCUCCUCCACAUUUGCCGAUUCGCAAGAAAACUCAGCCCAGGUCUAUCUAGGUCACGAUAACCAUGACACCGACCAGAUGAAAUCGCCCCGGGAAGGGGACGGCGAUUUCAGCUACGAGGAACUGCUCCUGCAUGACCAGCGAUUUCUCUGUCAGAUCCCCCGCGUCCACAUCGAUGACAGGGCCAAUGCCACGGGGAAAUCCCAUGAAGCGGACGAGCAGAAGGAAUUAGCGCGCGCGAUGGACCGGGGCCUGGAGCUCCUGCGCGAGAUGGAAGGGAAAUGCAUGUACUACAUUUCCGGAUGGUGGUCCUACUCCUUCUGCUACAAGAACCAGAUCAAGCAGUUCCACGCCCUCCCCUCGGGAAGUGGGAUCCCCAACUACCCGCCCAUGGAAGACCACACGACACACUCGUUCAUCCUGGGAAGGUUUCCUCAGGGCGACGGCGAUGACGAAGACGUUGAGAGGGAGUCCGAGCACAAGCAACCCAUUACGGACAUGGCCGAGCUACAGACGAAGGGCGGCUCCCGGUACCUCGUGCAACGGUUGGAUGGCGGCACGCGCUGCGAUCUGACGGGGCGAAACCGGAAGAUCGAGGUCCAGUUCCAUUGCCAUCCCCAGUCGACAGACCGUAUCGGCUGGAUCAAGGAGAUGACCACCUGCUCGUACCUGAUGGUCAUCUACACCCCGCGUCUAUGUAACGAUGUUGCCUUCCUGCCACCCCAGCAGGACGAGGUGCACGGAAUCGACUGUUGCGAGAUCCUCUCGCCGGCCCAGGUUCCGGACUGGGAGACGUAUCAUUUGGCACAGCGGCUGAUGGAGUCCGCCGUGGUGGAGGAGUUCCCGGUGGUUGGGGACAUCCAGGUCGGUGCCCAGAAGCUGGUCGGGUCGGAAGGCAAGGAGAUCGAGAAAGGACGCGUGGCGUGGGCCGGGGAAGAGAGGAUCGACGUGGUGGCCAAGCGUGAGAAUGGCGAAGUAUACCAGAUGUCUCGCGAGGACCUGAAGAAGUAUGACCUGGACCCGGAGAAGCUGGACACCCUGAAAAAGCGUUUAGAGGAGUGGGCCAAGGGCAAGGACUGGACGUUGGAGGUGAUCGAAAUCAAUGGGGAACGUCAACUGCGGGGUCUCGUCGAUGAGGACGAAGAAGAGGAAGACGGCAGUUACGGAGAAGAGGGUUCUCAGGAGGAGAUGAUCACGGAAGCCCCGUCUAAGGAAGGGGAGAAAGCAGAGCCACAAGAGCAGGAGUCAUCGGAGACACAGGGCACACGGGAGGCGCCAGGCACGCCAGACGAGCAGAAUGAGCAGUCAUCGGAGUCGGAUGAGGUUGAGGAGAUUACGGUUGUCCCAGUUGCCAUGUACUGGGACUAUUGAAACCCCAUUGGUUUUAUUUUUCCUAGUUUGCGCGGAGACUAUUGAUUGAGCGAAUCCAAUUGACUCGAACCCGACAAUGGCGAGUGGGCAGAGCCAAUGGUGACGGGGAGAGGCCAUGAGUGCCCAAAGAGGCUGGGCUGACCGAUAAGGGGGGUAUAUGCAUUCCAGGCUCUCUCGAGGAGUCGAGGGCCCCUUAUGGGUGAUUUGGUCGAGAUUGAGGGAGGUCAAAUGGUAGUUCUAUUACAUAGGGACGGUAUAUAGAUAAAUCACCUUGCUUGAGCGA